CCUUUAUCUAUUUUCCGUGCGUUGAACAAACUUUACUAUCUAUAACUUACUAAACUGUCUGUAGUCAUUUUUUGUUAUCUGUAUUCCAUAAUCCAUAUGUCUACAACCGUCUAAUCCUAUAUUAUCUAUAUAGUGUGCGGUGUUUACUGUUUACUGUUGUUUUGUGGACUCACGUUAUUAGACUUCGUUUUAAAAAUGUUGUUCUACUCAUUUUUUAAAUCACUGGUUGGGAAGGAUGUUGUCGUUGAAUUAAAAAAUGAUCUGAGUAUAUGUGGAACGUUACAUUCUGUGGAUCAAUAUUUGAAUAUCAAACUCGUUGACAUUAGUGUAACUGAUCCUGAAAAAUACCCACAUAUGGCUUCUGUAAGGAACUGUUUCAUCAGAGGUUCAGUAGUUCGCUAUGUACAAUUACCAGCAGAUGAAGUUGAUACACAGUUGUUACAAGAUGCUGCACGUAAAGAAGCAACAGUCACUCGCUAAUAUAUUUUACAUUUAAUUACAAAUAAGGAAACUAAUAACUAUUGUUUAAGAAGUAAUAUAAAAAUAAUUAUGUAA